CACUUUGCCUUGAAAUCGACAUAACCUGACAGUGCCAGGAAGUGCCAGACAUAACCUGCAAGUGUCAUGAAGUAUCAGGAUCAAAGGCAAUAGCAUUCCUCUUCACGUGAUACCACCAUGAAAAAGCUUUUACUCGACGCAUUACCAACUUCUUUACUCAACACCAACUUGUUAGUUGUAAUCUUCAACUUUGAGUGUCGAUCUUGAGGUUCUUUCCUUCACAAUUACUCUCAACAUCUCUCGCUGUUGUAAAGAUGUCCGACAAUGAUCAUGAUUACGAUCACGGUGGCCGAGACCACGGAGGCUUUGGGCUAACAGCUGCACCUCACAUCGAACCGGAAUCUGGACUUGAGUGGCCCGAUUUCCAGAACCCAGAGCUCGCAUCCGUCGGUGAGGUAGUUCUUUCUGGCCAACUUCGGUUUGUAGCACGCCAGAACCAGGCAUUGAUGGGUAUGGUCCAGAACCUAUACUCUGCUAUUUCUAAGUCCCAAAGUCGACGAAGCAGCAUGUCAUCUACCGGUGCUAGCAGCGAUGCGGGUGAUUCCGUUCACCUCAGAAUGCCGGAUGAGAACGCCGAACGAUUUUCCCAAGCCUAUCAGACCCUGAUCGAAGGUGGUGAGAUCUACGAGACCGUAGCUCAACUUCAUGAUGUCUUUGUUCAACUCAACAACAAGAAGUCAUGCGCAACACGACUUCGACAAAGGACGCCCAAACUUUCUCUCAACAUGUUAUAAGCAGAUUGAAGACAAACGGUCUGAUCCCGGUGGCCAAGAGGAUACAGAUCUGGUCGAGAAGCAGGACGUGAUUCUCAGAUCUUCUGCUGCACAUCUGCCAGCAGAUCGGGGAUAAUAUGGUAGUCCUUAAAGGUACUGAUGUCCUUGAAUAACUUAAGAGCAUGGCCUAUGGUGAGCUUCCAAAAGAGCCUACCUUUGAAGCUACUAUCCGGCACUUUGUUGCCAAUUGGAUUAGAUCUAUUAUUGAUGCGGUUAAGAAAGAACUUCGGGGUUUAAAGCCAGAACGUGGC